CCUCCCACCAUUCGACGUCACGCUUCAAUUGCGUUUCCCAAGUCGUCAAGUAGUCUAUCUUUCUACUACCCGCUUGCUUCGUCCCCUCGCUUGACGACGGCGGCUGUUGCUCCACGCCUCCGCCACCAAUCCCCCACCCACCAGCAAUCCGUCCGCUGCCUCACUCUCAAAUACAUCAGGAGCAUCCGCCGGUUGCGAGAAUGGACAAUCACGACGGAAGAUCUGCGCAAGGAUCCGGCGACUCUGGCGGAAAUCGUAAGAAGCGGAAUCUGGGCCGCUCCGAAUGGAGUCGCCAAACGAUAGAUAAACGCGCUCGCAACGAGGAGGAACAAGAGGCCAAGCGGCAGAAGGUUGAGAAUGGCGAGGAGGUCCAGACGCCCGUCUACGCGACGCAGUUCUCGCAGGAGGAUAUCGAGAAUGAGCAACGGCGACCGAAGAAGAAGGUCGCGGUGCUGAUGGGAUAUUCUGGCACGGGGUACAAGGGCAUGCAACUGAGCACCACGGAAAAGACCAUCGAGGGCGAACUGUUCACGGCGCUGGUGGCGGCGGGCGCGAUCUCCAAGGCCAACGCCACGGAUCCCAAGAAGUCGUCGCUGGUGCGAUGCGCGCGCACCGAUAAGGGCGUGCACGCCGCCGGCAACAUCGUCUCACUGAAACUGAUCGUCGAGGAUGCCGACAUCAUCCAGAAGAUCAACGAGAAACUGAGCCCGCAGAUCCGCGUCUGGGAUAUCCUCGUCACCAACAAGUCGUUCAGCAGCUACCAGCUGUGCGACUCGCGCAUCUACGAAUACCUCAUCCCCACGCACUGCUUCCUGCCGCCGCACCCGGGCACCUACCUCGGCAAGAAACUGGUCGAGUUCGCCGAGCAAGAAGGCGACAUGGAGGGCUACCGGGCGCGCCAGGAGGAAGUGGCCGGGUUCUGGGAGGAGACCGACGACAAGAUCAUCCGGCCGAUUCUCGAGAACACGCCGGAGGAGAUCCGCAAGCUGGUCGAGCAAGCGCUUCACAUGAACGACGAGCAGGAGCAACAACAUCACGAACAGGCGCCCGCCACCGAAUCCUCCAACACCACCACCACACCUCCCCAAGAAGAACAGCCCACCUCCACAGACGGCUCCGAGGAAGCGCGCCGCCAACAAAUCAUCAGCACGGUGAAAACCAUCAAAGCAGCCUACCAAAAAGCGAAGCGCGCCUACCGAAUCUCGCCGGCGCGGCUCGCGCGCGUCCAAGACGCACUUUCGCAAUACGUCGGCACGCACAACUUCUGGAACUACACGAUCCAAAAGACGCACAAGGACCCGUCGUCGAAACGACACAUCAAAUCCUUCGCGAUCUCCAACAACGGCGAGCCGCUGCUGAUCAACGGCACGGAGUGGCUCAGCCUGAAGGUGCACGGGCAGAGCUUCAUGAUGCACCAGAUCCGCAAGAUGGUCGCCAUGGCGGCGAUGACGGUGCGCGCGGGCUGCGAUCCCGCCGUGCGCAUCCCCGAAUCCUACGGCCCCGCCAAGAUCGCCAUCCCCAAGGCCCCCGGCCUGGGCCUGCUGCUCGAACGGCCCGUCUUCGACGUCUACAAUAAGAAGGCCCUCGAAACCGGCAAGCAGCCUAUCAACUUCGAUAACUACAAGGCUACCAUCGAUGAGUUCAAGCAGCGCGAGAUCUAUGAUCGUAUCUUCCGUGAGGAGGAGGAGAGUAAUGCUUUCGCCGCCUUCUUCGGUCACCUAGAUCACUACUCCUCCGAGGAAUUCCUCUACGUCACCUCCGGCGGUAUCCCGGCCGCCAAGAUCGCUCCUGUCCCCGGCGCCGCGACGACCGAGGAAGCUGGCGGCGCUGCCGCCGCGAAGAAGUCGCAGAAGGAUGCCCUGGCGGAGAUCGAGGAUGAGUCAGAGGAUGAGAGCGCCGCGACGAAGGCCAAUAUUGAUCAGAGUGGUUGAUUUUCUUUCAACGCAUACCCCUUAGAAACUUCCGGUUGAGGCACUACUUACCUAUGUGAUUAGGGAGGU